ACCCUUUAGGUGUAGCUGAGGACUACUUUGCAAGAGUUGACAUAGAGGUUGACACACCUGGCCCCUGUACUGUUAUUAACAGUGUACCACUCUGCGCAAGAGUUGGAAUUGCCAGAAUACAUGCUCCUAAAGACCUACAGACACUCAUAAUGUGUGCUCAGCCUGGAAUGACAUCUAGGCAAAUUCUACCUCUCAAAAAUGCAGGAAAUAUUGAUGCACAACUCCAGAUUCAGACUGCAGAAUCCUGUUUUUUGGCAAAGCCAGAAAAUCUUUUAAUUCGACCUGGAGAAGAACUGGAAGUUGUGGUUUCAUUUAAUCCUCCAGUGGACACCCAAAGCACGAUACAAAGCCAUUUGACUAUCCUCGUCCAGCCUUUUGGCCCUCAGUAUGAAGUUGCUUUAAAAGGAUUGCUUGGGAAACCUGAAUCAGUCCAGUCUAUCACUUCAUCUUCAAAUUCCUCAGUCGGUGUACCACCAAUUCUAUCCAACAAGCAAUUUAUGUCAUGGGGCGGAGUUUCUCUUGGAAGGGCUGUUCAACAGAAGUUAAUUCUCAGAAAUAAUUCUUCAUCUGUUGCACAACAGUUACGACUGUUGAUCAAAGGUCAAGAUCAAGACUGCUUUCAGUUACAGAGCUCUUUUGGCCCUGAAGAAAGACUAAGUAGUAGUCGUGAGUUGAUGGUUUGUCCGAAAGAAGAUAUCUGUGUUCAUCUUUUGUUUGCACCUACACGGGUUGCUUGCAUGUUGGCAAGGCUUGAAAUUAAGCAAUCUGGAAUACGUUCAAGUCAACCGGGAGUAAAAUUCACUAUUCCACUUUCAGGCUAUGGAGGAACAAGUAACAUUAUAUUGGAAGACGUCGAUAAACAAUCGGACGGUUAUGUGGUGAAUUUGAAUGGUAUCACACCUGAUAAAGUGACCAAAAUAACUUUCUGUAUGAGAAAUACAGGCUCUCGGGCUGCUUACGUUAAGGCAGCUUGUUUCUCAGAUUUACAAAUGACAACUUUUAUGACCACCGAUGUUAUACAGGUUUCUCCAGCACAAUUUGUUCUCAAGGAACGGACUCAAGAGAUAAUUACUGUAACCUGCUACUCCACUUUAAGAGAAUACCUUCACUGUAAAAUGGAUUCGGCAUUUCUUUGUAGAGUUUGUUUCUUUUGGGGAGAUGAGGUGGCACGACAGCAGCUAAGAAGGGCUCUUACCCGGAAUCAUCGUGCCCAUGAGCAGAUAGUUUGCGGUAAUAGUCGACUCAGAAAGAUUAAUUUCAAUCAAAUGUUUCCUGGUGAAGAGUUGGUGUUAGAAGUCUAUGAUAUCCCAAAGAGAACAAAUGACAUAAAGAUUUUCUAUGGAAACCUGAAUAAGGUGAUGCUCUCUGUUACUGGAAGCUCUACAACUGAAAUCACUCAUACAGAAGCUUUGGAUUCAUUUUCAUUGUCUCAUAGUAUGAGCGUUGAAUCAGAAAGUGUACUCGGAAGCUCAGAAAGGAAUCCAUCAAAUGCAUCAUUAGAUGUACUUCCAGUGAGAGGCCCACAAGGUUCUCCAUUAUCUUUGAAUGCUUCUAAUCAAAUGCUGAAGCAGUCACCUAAACAAAAAUCGUCGUGGACCAUUCGGCCUGAAUAUUUAAUUCUUACUGUGCCAUCAGCUGAUGGAUCAGCGCAGACUGGACGUGUACAGAUUAUAAAUCAUUCCCCUAGGUCUUUGGCUUUUGAAUUGUCUUGGCCAGCGCACUCGUUAACAGUAACACCCCAACAUGGAGUUGUUGAUCCAGAGUAUGUAUAA